CUGGAAGCAAAGAGGAAUGUAUUCAGCGGAAAAAAAGGAGUAAAAGAAGUAAGAAAAAAAAGUGUUUCCAUAACUGGCCCUGAAGGCCAGUUUUUAUCCACAAGCCCUGUUUUCCAUCAAGAGGGAGAUAAAUAAGUUUAUUUUUUACAGUGUGUCUCUGUUAGCCAAAAUACCCAGACUAUGUGUUGCAAGCCUCCAAAUGUCAGUAAAAUGUCAAACUUUCUUAUAGAGCCUGAUUCAAAAUGAGAGCGGGAUCCUUCCUUAAAACCACAAGCACAAAUGUCACAGUGAUUUGUGCCAGAAAACUCUGCAGAGCUCACGCUCGCAAAACCAUCAUACAAGUUUUCUCUCAAGAGCAGUAACAAAAUAAGAGUUUGGUGCCUUCCUGCCAGAAUGUUUUUGGAUGGAACUGCAGCUGAAAUUUUUUUUUUCCUGAUUUUUCAACAAGCCAACAAUUGAUUCAGUGCUGAAUAUAAACAGAUUUGUGACUUUAUUUCCCCUUUUAAGUAAUAGAAUUACAGAAUUUUAAAUGCAAAUGUGUUUCAGCAGGAAGGGAAGUUGGAACUCUGAAAAAAUUAGACAUUAAUCUAAUAGUGUACACAGUUUUUUAAUCGGAAUUAUUAAGUCAAACAGACAAAGAAAAAAUGUGUGAAACAAUCAACAAUGUUUUUAAAAUAAAUGUUAAAAAGCGAGAAACAUUCAAUCAUAAUCUAAAAAAGAAGUGGCAAGUUUACGUUGUAUGCUGGAAAUUAAACUUGUUUAAAGGUAAAACUGUGACACAAAAUGUGGUAGGAAAGAGUGAACUCUCAAAUUAGAUUAAGAAUUUUGAGAAUUUUUUAAAUUAACUCAGAUAUCUGACUCUUUUCCUUGUUCCAGACCAGAUUAUCAGAAUUAUGAAUAAAGAAAAAAUAAAUCAGAAUUCUGAGUGAAGCCAACAGUUAAAAAGUCCGAAUGCUACAAAAAAAACUUGAUUGAAAUGUUGGAAAAGGUCAGAAAGUGAAUAUCAGAAAAGAUCGGAACUCUCCAAUUACAAUCAGCAUUUAGAGAGAUGUAUGUCUCAAAUUUUGCAAACAUAAAUCAGGACCUUUUUCCAAAAAAUAAAAAUUAAAUUAAAUUUAAAAAAGGAGGAGGCAAGGAAUCUUGAGAUGGAAAGUUGUGAUAAAAAAAGUUUCAAUUUUCUUCAUAUUUUUUGUAAAAACGUUUUUGUAAAAAAUAUUUUGUCCAGAUUCCCACAAUCAAUAUUAAGAUCCAUGGUCUUUGCUUUAAAGUCCCUCUGAUCUCUCUCUUUUACACGCUCUCCGGCUAGCUUCCAGCCCCUCACACCUCCAGUCGAACAUUACCGGUGCAACAAAAAUGGUGAGCAUUGGAGCUAUCCAGAGGUACAGUUUUGAUCCAGAUUCCAGCUCAGACGAGGAAAACAAAGACGUAAAAGGAUCUAAUCGGUUACAAGAGCAUGCAUCAGAAUGGAGUAGAGCAGGAAGCUUGUGGCUCAUCCAAAGUAUUCUCUACAAAACAUAUUUUUUUUCAUCUGCUCCAGAUUCACAACGAUUUGAAUAAAGAAAUACUCAGCAAUGCAAUUUCAUGCUUCAUUUUCUGAACAUAUGUCCUCCAUUAUGAGAACAAUUCCACAAUAACAUGUUAAAAACCCACCAUUCUUAUGGGUUUUCAUGAACUGAGAUUUAGGCCAGUGUUGUCUGGAGGGGUGUAUUCAAAUCCUGCACUGACGUCAGAUGCUGAUUCUCCAUAAAGGCCCCUACUCUCAGCGCUGAAGCAGCUUGAUGAAGCUCCCGCUGCAGCCACUCCUUGCUGUGCGUCACCGUCGCACAUGACUCUCCACAGCCCAGCUGACCAAUCACACGCUGCUGCUGCAGAGGCUGAUCCAGUUUGGAAAAACGGGGUUUAACUUAGGAAGAAGUUUCGUUUUGGACUUUUGGAGGACUUAAAGUGCUGCUGUUGCUACAUAAGAGCAGACGUUCCUGGACAAAGAAAGAAAGUUUGGAUUUGGAAACUUUUGAAACCCUACCGGAACUGCUUGUUGUAGAGAUCAUCAUUCACGGGGGUUGUAGCUCCUCAGCCAGCUGGCCUGAUGGGGAAUCAUGGAGACGCCCUGGAACAAUCUUACAGGAUCCAAUGUUUGACGUUGUCUUGGAUGAAAUGAUCGGCUUUUCCUCAUUGAUGGAGCGGGCGCCACUUCUGUCAUGGCUUGUGUUCAUUUUCAUCCUUGGGAACUGUUUCGGUUCUCCGAAUCCCAACCACCGUCUGGUUUGUUGGAGAGCCAUCCUCAAGUGUCAUGCGGAGCCGGAGUGCCAUUACGCGUACGAUCAGUACCUUUACGCGUGCGCGUCCGUGCUCAGUGGUGAGCGGAAGAAGUGUGCGAGCCACUGCAUCUCCUCUCUGAUCCAGCUCAAUCUGACCCGGAGCGGUCCGGCUUUGGAGGACUGCGACUGCGCCACGGACCCGCGCUGCAGGAGGACCAAACAGGCCAUCGAGCCGUGCAUGCCGCGGACGAGCACCAUGGGCUGCACGGAGGCCCGGCUGCAGUGCGGGCUGGACCCGGCCUGCAGCUCUGCCAUGAAGGAUUACCUCUUCCACUGCCGGAAGCUGUUUGGAGGGCAGAGGUGCACGGAAAGCUGCCGCAGGACCAUAGCGAGCAUGCGCUCCAUCCCCAAAGCACAGCAGCUGGACACGUGCGUGUGCGACGGCACCGAGAGGAACAUCUGCGAGUACAUCAAAGUGAGCAUGAGGACUUUAUGCUUUGAUUUCAGAGAGGGCAGCGGGUUUGCCGACUCAGAUGAGGAUGAUGGAGAGGACGAAUAUUUCGAACCGGAGGAUUAUCCAAAUGUGGAAAACGCAUGCGCCUCUGCGCCUUUUCUGACGCUCAGUAACACCCUGACAAUCAUUUUUGCUUCCAAAUUCAUCUAAAAGUACUCGUCUGAGAUUUUCCUCAAAUUUGAGAAGUUUUGUCAACACGUUUAAACUAAGAGUGUUGUCUAAAGUUAUUCUGUGAGGAGAGUUGGACAGCCUUUCUGUCUUGGGAAAAACUGACACCUGACCUUAAAGUGCCUAUAAGCUUUUUAAGUCCACGCUUUUCAUGAAAAGAACCAAAGUUGAUGACCCCUGCAGAUCUGAGAAAGAAGCUCUUAAAAGUGUGACACUUGUUCUUAGAUGAAUUUUUGCAGAAGGAAUAAAAUGUUAGUUUCUUCCUCCCUAAGGGAUAAUUCUGUCCUUUUUUGUCUAAAAAGUCACAAAUAAGGUUGACUGUUGAAUGACUUUAUUUGUGGUUGAUCAUUGUUGAUAUUGGCUCAUUUUGAACAAUCGGACCUAACCUUUUUCCAAAUCAAAAUAAUACAAAUAGAACAUUAUUAGAACAUUCUAGCACACUGUAUGGUCACAUUUCAAAGGUAAAUUCAAAGUGUUUCCACACAUUGAACUGUGACGAUGGCUUGAUCAGUUUUUGCUGCAUCACACGUGUUGUGGCACUUGGUGUUUUAUAUUAUUGUAAAAUAACAUGCCUCAUUCCAAAUGGUAUGGUAUAGAUUGAUUUAUUGAAAAGAUUUCAUAAAGGGAUAAAUUGUAUGAAUAAUAGGAACAUAAAUUAAUUCAACGAUUAAGUCGAUCAAUUCUUGCAUUUCUAGUAUUUAGUGUUUUUUUAAACUCUAUUUGAUUUAAGAUUUAAAAGAUGUAGUCCCUGAACAAAUAAACAAGUAAAAUGUAAACUGUGCCCUCCUCAAA